AUGGCAACGGAUUCCGGUAAGCAAGUGCUCUCCGCCGACGACAUUCUUGAAUUCCCGUUCAGGAGCAUGGCGCCUCGACAUCAUCAUAAUGGUCCUUUACCAAAUUACGCUCGUUUUCUCUGUUCAGUUAAUUUUCGUCAUUUUCCUCGACUACAUGCCACAGACCUAUUGCACCGAAGGUUUCCGUUUCUGCGUGUGCUCCAGUGACAAACAACACUUUCAGAUAAUUUUUGUUAUAAAAUGCGAAGUAAAUGUUUGACGGAUUACGAUCCUCGUGCGGAGAACUUGUGCCCGAUGAGUUUGGGGAAGAGCAGGGUGCGCGGAAGAGAGAGAGAGAGAGCCAAAUGAAACCAAAUGGAAAUUUCAGAGAAACUGCAUUGUCGACCACAAAAAGGUCUUCUUCUACAGUGCUCAGUACCAGUAUCAGCAAGAUUGUACACAUCUGAAAUCGUACGUUUCCAUAUUUUGUAAUUCAUUCAUUCUCUUCUCCUUUAGAUUCGAUAACUCGACUGCAAUGUUCAUCGGAACCCUGCUCGGCAACAUCGUGCUCGGAUUCCUGGCCGACAAGUACGGACGUCGUCUCGUUUACUUCCUCUCGAUCCUCUUCGGAGUUCCGUGUCUGAUCCUCUCCGCCCUCAUCCAGGAUGUCACUGCGUUCUACGUCUUCCGCGUGCUCACUGGAUUUGCAAUCGCCGGAACGAUGACUGUCGGAUGGACGUACGCGACCGAAAUGAUCUCUCCGAACCGCCGAUUGAGACUGUUGGCGCUGGCAAAUUGGGUGAGUGAGCCGGGGCACUGGUAAUGAUCGGAUGAACUUUUUGAUAUCAAUUUCAGCCAAACGCCCGAAUGAUCCAGGUGGGACUUGCUUAUCUGGCACAAGAAUGGAAGAGAACCACGUACAUCAGUGCUUCGGUCGCCUGCUUGGCCCUUCCAAUUCUCUGGUUCCUCCCGGAAAGUCCCAUUUGGUUGGAGCAGAAAGACAAGUACGAGGAAGCGUCGAGAGCCCGGAAAAGGAUCAGAAGGAUCGGAGGAUCGGACGACGGUCUGCACGAUCCCAUUGAAAUAACGACGUUCGAGAAGGUCACUCCGGCCAGAGUGUACAAGGAUUCGAGACUCCGAAGAAGUUUUAUUGUGAUUGUGUUCAUGUGAGAACAAUGGGAAUCUCUAGAAGAGAGCAAUGCCUGAUUUCAGGUACUUCUACGUGGGAAUGGCGGUUUACAUCACUGAUUUGAAUGGUGCGGACAUGACAAGAAACUUAUAUUGGGGCCAGUUCCUCUCUGGAUUCGUUCUCUCAAUUGGACAGUUCGUAAGGCAUAUCUUCCUGCACCUGGUUACCUCCUCCCACUCAGAUCAUCGGAAUGUCGGAGCCGUAUCUGACCGGAAUGGGUCGUCGUGUCCUCUUUCUCGUCUCCCAGUCCGUCGCCCUCGCCUGCUACAUCAUCAUCGUCGUGUGCCUCUACACGGACGCCAAAGGAUCGUUCAUGUACAUCACAGCCUACACUCUCGCCUACGCAUCUCAGUCGAUCUGUCUUGAAUCGGCGUACAUCGCCCUCGUUGAGUUGAUGCCGACUGAUGUGAGGGCUACCGUCGGAGCGAUUGCCAACAUCUUCUUGAAAGUCGGAACUGUUAUAGCCACGUUGACUGUGAGUGGACUAAGAGAGCACUUGCACAGAUGAGAGAGAUUUCAGAAAAAUCUCAAAUACGCGUAUGAACCUUCUCUUUUCUUCAUCAACAUUGUUCUAGGAACUUUGGGAAUGAUUGUAGUGUUCUUCUUCUUGGAGGUAACGCAUUCUUCUGAAAGAUCCCACUGAAAGCCUUUAGGAAUCUCGAGAAGCAAACAUGAAGUUAGUUGGUCAGAAAGCGAAGGGAACUGUGGUGAUGUACGACGACGACAAAGAGGCGAAUGAGGUGGAGGAUGCGGCGGUGACGCCGAUGACAGAAGAACCGGGGACGCCGAAGACAGAAGAACCGGGGACUCCGAAGACAGAAGAUCCUGGGACACCGAAGACACCAGAAGAUGUGCCAACACCAGUUAAGCCGGUGGAAGAGAAGGAAAAGGCGCCGUCGGUAAAGAAGCAGAAGCAGCCGUCGACGAGGAAGGUGGCUCCGCUGGAAGAGAAGAAGCAGAAGAAAGUGGAGUCGAAGGAAGUGUCGGAAAGAGAGAAAACAACGCAGCGGAGUGAUCCGGAAGUGGAACAGAACGGAAUAGUGCCUCCGGAAGAUGACAGGGCGGCGAGUGAGAACAGCGGAAGGAAGACGGACAGAUCGGCGAGGAAACUGAAGAGUGUGACUGCGGAAUCGCAAAGGAAAACAGGGACGGUGACUGUGGAGGAGGGCACGAAGACGAUGGGAACGUUGCAAACGAUGGAGACGAAAGAGGAGCAGUUGACGACGGACGGACCCGUUCCGAAGACAAAGUCGCAGAACACUAUCAGUGUUUAUGACAACGAGUGA